AUGUCCAAAGUCCGAGCGCUUCGAUCCGAGAACAUUGCGGCUAGGCUCGAGAAGAAGAAAGCGGCUCUCGAGGGCCAGACCCUCCGGAGGGGAAAGGUGGCAACCCUCAUGGGCUUCUUGCCCUUCGGGAAGCACGGCUUCCUCAGGAGAAGGGCGAGGGAGCACGCGGAGGCGCACGUGGGCGAGGCGACGCUCUCCAUCACCAAGAAGGGCGGCCUGGAAGUAUCGGUCGACGGGACCGUCGUGCUCCGGAAGUCUGGGCCAUCUUGGUUUGGGUUUCGCCGAACAGAUCGGUCGUACGAACUGCGAGUGACCGAAGAGGGGGUGGAUAUCUCCAGACGAGGGAUGUACGACUGGGGAAUCAAGGCUCAGGACCCCUAG